AUGGCCGCAGACGCUCCAUCCUCCGACCCCCCGAGCAUAGUCGACCAAGAGGAGCUCUGGAAAGACAUCACGCCGAUCCCGCAGGCGGAUGCCGAGCGGCCGAUGGUCGUGAUUGCGUACACGCCGGAGUACCGCAAGGCGAUGAGCCUGUUCCGGGCGGUGCUGGCGAAGAACGAGUUCUCGGACCGGGCGCUCAAGCUGACCAGCCUCAUCCUCCAAUACAACAUCGCCCACUACACCGUCUGGCAUUAUCGCUCCCAGAUCCUCAAACACCUCCACACCACCGAUCCCGAGGGCCAGCACAUCCAACAAGAGCUGGCCAUGCUGAACAAGUACAUGGGCGACAUGCGCAAGUCCUACCAAGCCUGGCAGCACCGCGCACUGAUGGUCGAGAUGCUCAAAGACGUGUCCAAGGAAAUCGCCUUCGUGGACCAAGUGCUCAAAGCGGAUGCCAAGAACUACCAGACAUGGACAUAUCGACAGAGCCUGUUGUGUCAAUACAACCAGCCGGAGAUGUGGGCCGGCGAGCUGCCCACAAUCGAGCGCAUGUUAGCGGAGGACAUCCACAACAACUCGGUGUGGAACCACCGCUUCUUCGUCGUCUUCGACACCUUCCCGCUCCACACGCCCGGCCUAACGAGCGCCCAGUUCGCGGAGACGGUGGAUCGGGAGGUGGGGUUCGUGAAGGACCAGCUGUUGAAGGCGCCCAACAACCCGAGCGCCUGGAACUUCCUGCGCGGGGUGCUCAAGCGGGCCAAGAAGCCGUUCGACUCCCUCGAGAGCUUCGUGCUCCCUCUCACCAAGCCCGCCGCCCAGCUCGACGCCGAGCACGGCUGGCCGGCCGGGCUCAACAGACGUGCAAGUCUGCCCGCGCCGCCGGCGGUCGAGUUCCUGGCGGACAUCUACGCCGGGUCGGGCGCGACCACUGCGCAAGCCUUAGACUUGUAUGGUUGGUUGGCCGACACACUCGACCCGAUCCACAAAGGCUACUGGCUCUUCCGCUCCCAAAGAGCCCGCGCCGGCCCUCCCCCAGCGGCCCAGCCCGAGGUGGCGGCCCAGUGA